UUCAAUUUGCUACUGUAGUCUGCAGUGAAAUCGGUUAGAACGCCGCAAUAUGAACUCCACUGCCACCCGCCAUCAAACAACAUUCCAGACAAUCAGACAGGUAGGAUUACAGAGGCAUACUCAAAAUGGGGACUGUCAGAUGGAGGAGGGGUGCUAGUGGAGUCUCUCAUCCUAUCGACGCUGCAUCAAGCUAGGCAGAGAGGUCUGUGAAGGGGCCCUCCUUUUUGCAAGAGCCAUGGAGAACAAGCUACAGAGGGACAAAACCAGGCCCAGCUACUUUGGCAACGUCAAGACCAGGCUGGGCUCCAAGCUGCCCUCAGGUGUCUCCCAGCCACCAGGCUUCAUUUCUUGCCCCUGGGAGACCCAGCCUCAGGCCUGCACAGCCCUGGAGGGCAGUAGCCAGUGCCACAACUACCACAGCGGUGCAAGCCGGCCUCUUGACCACGUUCCCCACAUCAGAAAUCCUCGCCUGCGGCAGUACUACCUUCAAGGCACGACUUGGGAACCAGGUGGCCUCACUGCCAAGCCCUUUGAGGAGAAACAACAGUCAUCUGGCAUAGCCAACAGUCUGCGCCUCCCUGAGGACACAGUUUUCAGCAUCACGUCAGAGUUCAACAACCCUGGAGCCUCAGACGUGACCAAGAUGAAUAGACCUCCUUCCUCUUUCUCCUGUUCCUCUCUCCUCUCCACUGCUUCCUCCUCCUCCCUGAUCUCCAGACAGCACCUCCGUGUUCCGAUGGGAAAGGCAUUCAACCAAGGUUCAUCCCCUCCUCCUCCUCCUCCUCCUCCUCCAACCAACCUUGACCAUAUUUUGGGACUGGCUCCAGAGCUGAAGAGCAACCCUGGGACUGUCUUUACUCCCCUGGCCUGUCCUCACUCCCCAUCCCCAGAUGUAGAGUAUGACAAACUCCUGGAUGUAGAGGCGGUGCCCAUGCCUGACGGACAGCUCUGUCUACUGGCCCUGCCCCCAGAGUGUUCCGAGGGGGAGGGGCCUGAGGCCAUGCCAUACCUCAAAUUGUUCUGCCGGUCCAUCACAGAUCGGAAGGGUGUUGUUUCUGGUAUUCUGCUGGUGACCGCCAAAAAGAUCUUUUUCGACCCAUGUAAGACCCACCCCCUUGUGAUGGAACAUGGCUGUGAGGAGUAUCUGCUGUCCUGCUCCGUGGAUGCCCUAGCCUCCAUCUCCUUCUUCUCAGACAUCUCCCAUGUGCACUUUAACACCUCCACACACAGGUGGAAAGGCAAGAAAACCACACCCAAGUCCAAACCUGUCUCUAGGCCCCAGGAUGGGAACACAGGGCAUAGUAGUCUUCCCCACCACAAGGGGGAGACUGUUCCAGCUCUGGUGUCAGCAGCCACCUCAAACCUGAGGAGCAGCCUGACCCUGAGCUUGAGCAAGGGGGGAUCUGAGGAAGAGGAGGAGGAGGGGGCGGACAGGGAGAGCAGGGACGAGGCCGAGAGGCAGCGAGAGGGAAGCCCUCUGGAGGAGCUGGCGGUACAGUCUGCAGGGCCCCUGGGGGUGGCUGUUUUAAGCAGUGCCGCUACCUUCUGUUGUGGAGGCCAGGAGACUGCUGGCAACAAAGUGAAAAUGGAGCUGGUGCAUCUGAAUGACAAGGAGAAAGAGUUCCAUUUGAAGAAUCAGACGAGCUCUUCCAGAACAUUCCCAGGUAGUUCUGGAGGACUGAUGUUUAUCCGGAUGCGUGUUCAUAGGUCGUCUGGCAAGAAAAAGAGUUUGGGUUCCAAAACCCUCCCAUGGAGAGACAACUGGUUUACUCUCUCGCAGGAGAGCUCCGAUGAGCUGUACGCUUACCUGAGCCACUGGAGACCUGAUCUGUGUAUCCUGGAGGGGGGGGUUGAGGAGGAGGAGGAGGAGGGGGAGGAAGAGGAGUUUGUUCUUGUCAACGAUAGGGAGGAGGAGGGUGAAGAAGAGGAGCUUGACAUGUCCCAGAAGUGUGGACGUAUGGUGGAGGAUUGGGAGAUGGUGUCUGCAGAGGAUGGUGGAGAGAGGUCAGCCAUGGUCAUAGACCCAGAGGGACUGGCUGAGAUUGUAGAGCAGAGUCGAAUCUUAGAGGCCUCACAUGUCAGAGAGUUGUCAGCAGAGCUGCCUCCCAGGACAGUGGGCCACCCUUGGAAGCUGGCCUACAGCACUUCUCAUCACGGCUCCAGCCUCAGAUCCCUCUACAGGAGGCUCAACGGAACUGACGCGCCCGUCCUUGUCAUUAUCAAAGACGCGCUCAACCAGGUGUUUGGUAGCUUCCUGUCCCACCCUCUGAGGCCCAGUGAGAAGUUCUAUGGUACAGGAGAGACCUUCCUCUUUAUGUUGCAUCCACGCUUCAAGUGUUUUAAGUGGACAGGAGAGAACUCAUUUUUCAUAAAGGGGGACUUGGACUCAUUUGCUAUUGGUGGAGGAAGUGGGCAUUUUGGUCUGUGGCUGGAUGAAACCCUGUACCUGGGCCGGAGCAGUCCCUGCUACACCUUCAACAACUGCUGCUUGUCAGAGACCGAUGACUUCCAGGUCAUGGAGCUGGAGGUGUGGACCUUCUGCUGAUGGAAGAGGGAACCCUUUGCUGACAACACCCUCCCCCCUGGGGGACUACUGGUGUCUAACAAGCUGCUGUGUCACUAGAUUAAAUAGGACUCCUGAGACAUGUCAUUGCAGAUGGUGUUGAUCGGUCUCCUGAGGUAAAAGGUGGAAGGAUUGUCCUCCUCCCAAUACACCUUGCCUCUCCUGACGACAGCAUCCAUGAACAUCUGACACUCACAAGCUCCAUAUUGACUGUGUCUAAAACAGGACAUGAAGACAGUACUUGCCUCCACACAGUGAAAAGACCAGUUGGAUUUACCCGUUUUUUGCGAUUCAUUCCAGUGUGUUCCUGGCUAUGAACAGAACAGAGGAUAUUGUUAACUUGGAAUCUGGUUGGCACUGAAGCUGUAGCCUCAGUGUAAAAUGGGUACUUCACAAUUAAAAAGAGGCAGGACAGUUGAUUCUGCCAGUGACACAGCUCUAGCCAGAUUACCACAUUAACCCUGCAUGAACUAACCUUCAUGUCCACAUUAGCACAACUCUGUCCCCCCAUCCAGUCCCUGCACUCCCUCUCAUCAUCUGAGAUGAAUCAUACAACACAGGAUCAUGACUGGCUUGUUAAAACAAGGGACUGAAAAGUCAUGAUAUUCAUGGACACUUGGAUAACCACAACAUGCCUGGAGGAAAAUAUCUCAUUGGUGGCAUUUUGACUGGUGGGUG